UGGGCCAAAGGCCACCCUCACUCACUCUCUCUCUCUCCUCAGCUCCAUCCAUCCAGCCAUUGCUCAAGGCCUAAAUCAGCCUUCUUAAACACAACAGCUGAAAUCCUGGCAGGGUCGCCCUCUUUGGACUUGUGCUUGAUCGAGUGUGUGCCUUUUCUGUCCUUGCUCUGAUUGUAUGUAUACGUCGUCCAUUGGGCUGAGACGUACGUGAAGACACGAAGAGCUUAAGAGGCCAAGAGGCUAAGAAGCUCAGGAGCCACCUUCAAGGGACACAGGGAAACAAGGACACAAGGACACAGACGGAAGUGCGGCCUUGAUUCGGGUGUGAGUGAACACGCAGGAGCAUGCAUCGUACGGCCACGGGCACCCGACGGGCCCUGUCCUCGCUGGUGCGAGGGGGUGGGGUGGUCACCACGCCUCAUGGCACGGCCAGUCCGGUCCAUAAAUCGUACUUGGCCCUGCGCCCUGCCUCCUCGUCUUCGGUGGACGAGUCCCAUUUGAGCGGCACGGCGGCCCCCUACAUCGAAGAGAUGUACGAAUCCUGGACAGUCGACCCCAAAAGCGUGCAUGCCUCGUGGGACGCCUACUUCCGCGGAUCCCAUUACACGCCGCCACCCAAUUUGGCCAACACCAAAGCCAAUGAAAUCCCCUUGUCGGCCUUGGCCGGAGCUUUCUCGGGUGUGGAAAUGGGCUCGAGUGCCAAACCUUCCUCCAAAGUGAUAGACGCCCAUUUGGCCGUCCAAGCCACCAUCAGAUCCUAUCAGGUCCGAGGCCAUUUGGCCGCUCAGACGGAUCCUUUGAACCUGAACAACAUGAACCGAGAUGAUGCCCAAAAGUUGAUCAUCCGAAGUGUGACCGUCCAAGAAGCUGACAUGGACAGCGUGUUCCAAUUGCCUUCUACCACGUGGAUUGGCGGCAAGGAUAAAAAGUUACUCUCUCGUUAUUUUCAGGAAAAGGCUCUACCUCUCCGCGAAAUCAUCACUCGCCUCGAGAAUGUCUAUUGUGGCUCCAUUGGCGUUGAAUUCAUGCACAUCCACGACCUGGAUCAGGUGAACUGGAUCAGGGAACGCAUGGAGACUCCUGGCUCGUUAAAGCUGAGUAAUGAUCAGAAGCGUCUUCUUUUGGCCCGGAUUUCGCGAUCCGCGGGUUUCGAGAACUUCUUGGCCAAGAAGUGGAGCUCGGAGAAGCGGUUCGGUCUUGAAGGAGUGGAAAUGCUCAUCCCGUGCAUGAAGCAGAUCGUGGACAAGUCCACGGAUUUCGGCGUCGAGUCCGUCGUCAUGGGCAUGCCUCAUCGUGGACGAUUGAACGUGCUGGCCAAUGUGUGUCGGAAACCUUUGGAGCAGAUCUUCACCCAAUUCGCGGGAUUGGAAGCCGCCGAUGAGGGAUCUGGAGAUGUCAAGUACCAUUUGGGCACCUAUAUCGAGCGUUUGAAUCGUGCCACCAAUAAGAACAUCCGUCUCGCCGUCGUGGCUAAUCCAUCGCAUCUGGAGGCGGUCAAUCCCAUUGUGGAGGGUAAGGUGAAGGCUGAGCAAUUCUAUCGCGGUGACACGGAGGGCAAGAAGGUCAUGUCCAUGUUGCUCCAUGGAGACGCAGCUUUUGCCGGCCAAGGGGUGGUCUACGAGACCUUUCACAUGAGUGAACUCCCCGAGUAUACCACCCAAGGGACCAUCCAUAUCGUGGCCAACAACCAGAUUGGUUUCACCACCGACCCCAGGUUCUCGAGGUCCUCGCCAUACUGUACGGAUGUGGCCCGUGUUGUGAAUGCACCCAUUUUCCACGUAAACGCCGACGACCCUGAGGCCGUGAUGCACGUGUCCAACAUAGCCGCCGAAUACAGAUCUACGUUCCACAAGGAUGUGGUGGUGGAUCUGAUCGGGUACCGAAAGUUUGGUCACAACGAGAUCGAUGAGCCCAUGUUCACCCAGCCGAUCAUGUAUCAAAUCAUCAAGAAGCACAAGAACGUGCUCGAUAUCUACUCCAAGAAGCUUAUCGAUGAGGGUGUUGUCACCAAGGACGAAGUCGACGCUGUCAUUGAUAAGUAUGACAAGAUUUGCGAAGAGGCCUACAAGAAGGCCGGCGAGGAGAAACAAACCUAUCACAAGCAUUGGUUGGAUUCGCCGUGGUCCGGAUUCUUCGAAGGCAAAGACCCCAUGAAGGGAUCUCCUACGGGUGUGCAUGAAGAGACCUUGACCCACAUUGGCAAGCGUUUCUCGUCCGGCCCUCCCAAUGCCGGAGACUUCAAAAUCCACCGAGGCUUGGAGCGUAUCUUGAAAAGCCGCAUGGAAAUGGUGGAGAACCGCCAAAUUGAUUGGGCUUUGAGCGAGGCCCUCGCUUUCGGCUCUCUCAUGAAGGAGGGAAUCCACGUCCGUCUGUCCGGACAGGAUGUCGAGCGUGGCACGUUCUCCCAUCGACACCACGUGCUUCAUCAUCAAACCAAGGAUAUGUCCACCUAUAACGCCUUGGCCAAUCUCUAUCCGGAUCAGGCCCCAUACUCUGUGUGCAAUUCCUCGCUGUCUGAAUACGGCGUGGUCGGGUUCGAACUGGGCUACUCGAUGACGAAUCCCAAUGCCCUGGUGCUUUGGGAGGCUCAGUUUGGAGACUUCUCUAACACGGCCCAAUGUAUCAUCGAUCAGUUCAUCUCGAGUGGUCAGGCCAAAUGGGUGCGACAAUCGGGUAUGGUGAUGCUCCUACCCCAUGGGAUGGAGGGUAUGGGACCCGAGCACUCCUCGGCCCGACCCGAGCGGUUCCUCCAGCUCUCGGCCGACGACCCCGAGUACUUCCCGCCCAUCGAGGAUGAGUUCGAGAUCAAGCAGUUGUCUCAUAUCAACAUGAUCGUGGCCAAUUGCUCCACGCCCGCCAACUACUUUCACAUCCUCCGACGACAAAUCGCGCUUCCCUUCCGAAAGCCUCUGAUCGUGAUGACCCCGAAAUCCUUGCUCCGUCACCCGGAGUGUCGAUCCAGUUUCGACGAGAUGCUGCCCAACACCAACUUCCGCAGAGCAAUCCCCGAUGAGGGACCGGCCUCAGAAAAUUCCGAGGGCGUCAAGAAGCUGAUCUUCUGUACUGGCAAGGUCUACUACGACCUCAUCAAGGCCCGACGAGACCAAGGUUUGGACGACAAGAUUGCCAUCUCACGGAUCGAACAGAUCAGCCCGUUUCCUUUCGAUUUGGUCAAGAUGGAUUUGGACAAGUACUCGAAUGCGGAAGUGGUGUUCGCUCAAGAGGAGCAUAAGAACCAAGGAGCCUGGACCUAUUGCCAACCUCGGUUCCAGACUGCCAUGGGUGGAUAUGAUCGUCGAAUCAAUUAUGUCGGGCGAGAGGUUGCCCCUUCGCCCGCUACCGGAUCCAAGGCCCAACACAACAAGGAAUUCAAAGCCAUGAUCAGUGACGCCAUGAACGUUUCUUAAUAGCCAAUGACGAUAUUCAACAACACUCACAAUCAUCCACACAACUGUUAUUAUUUAAGCAAGUCUGACACGAAGAACAAGAUGAAGCCUCAUGAACAGAUGAGAAGAGAGUACCUGGGGUUCAAGGAUCACCAAGUGCUGCUUGCAAUUGAACGAUCCCCCAUCCCCUCCUGUUGUCUGAGAAGAAAAAUAGUGCGAUCAAAAACAAUGUGCCCCCCUCAAUUGGUGAUAUCAAAAUAUUCAACUUCAGUACCCCAAGUUGAUCAAUCAAGGUCCUUCUAGUCAUCAAUCGACAACCAAGUGAUGGAUGAACUUCGAGGGACUGUGGGGGAAUGUAAAUACAAGAGGAGUUACACUGAAACCAAAUCCUCAUUUGACACAGAUCAAACGUAAAAUCUGCUCGAAAUAAAUGAUGAGUCCGAA